ACGAAACAUUCACGCGCCACGAGCUCCGGCAGCCCUCACGCUGCUGGUGCGCUGCUCGGCUAAGCGGCUGGCCGAACCUAACACGCUUUUGGCGGGUGUCCGGCUUUCGGCUCUGCGUCGCGUUACAACUUUUCCUUCUUUCAGGUUUUUCCCCCCCAACAAGAGCCGACAUUAUGGCCGAACCGAUAGCGGCGAUGUGCGACGAGCUAAUUAAAGCCGUAAACGUGAUGAUGGACGCGGCGUCUAGCCAACGAUACCGCCUGGAGGCCCUUAAGUUUUGUGAGGAGUUCAAAGAGAAGUGCCCCUUCUGUGUCCCCUGCGGUCUGCAACUCGCAGAAAAGUCGCAACCAGCAGUAGUGAGACACUUCGGCCUUCAGAUUAUAGAGCAUGUCAUCAAAUUUCGCUGGAACGACAUGCCGCAGAAUGAGAAGGUUCAGCUGAAAAACUGUGCCAUGGAAUUGUUAUCAAAUGGCACACAUUCCAUCUUGGAAGAGGAGAGCCACAUUAAGGACGCUCUGUCCCGCAUCGUUGUGGAGAUGAUCAAACGCGAGUGGCCCCAGCACUGGCCAGACAUGCUGAAGGAACUAGAGGCCCUUACCAAUUUGGGGGAGGCCCAGACAGAGCUGGUGAUGCUGAUCUUGCUCCGGUUGGCCGAGGACGUGAUCACCUUCCAGACGCUGCCCAGCCAACGUCGCAAAGACAUCCAGCAGACGCUCACUCAGAAUAUGGACAGUAUCUUUGCCUUCCUGCUCGCCAUCCUGCAGCAGAACGUGGACGAGUACCGCCGCCUGAAACGAAAUCUCAGUCAGGAAUUGAAGGCCAGGGCGCAUUGCCGGGUCGGCGUGGCGACGCUGAACACCCUGGCGGGCUACAUCGACUGGGUGGCGUUGAUGCACAUCACACAGGACCAGUGUCGUCUGAUGGAGAUCUUGUGUCUGCUGCUGAGCGAGACAGAGCUGCAGCUGGAGGCGGCCGAAUGCCUGCUGAUUGCCGUCAGCCGCAAGGGUAAGCUAGAAGACAGGAAGCCCCUCAUGGUGCUGUUUGACGACGUGGCCAUGCACUACAUCCUGUCAGCCGCUCAAUCUGCAGAUGGAGCAGCGAUGGGCAACAAACUCUCACAGUCAACAGAGGGAGGCGUGCUGGUCGAGAGACACUACACCUUCCUGAAGAGGUUGUGCCAGGUGCUGUGUGCGCUGGCAUCUCAACUCUGUGCCCUGGUGGGCUCUGAUAUCGACGUAGAAGUUCCUGGUAACCUUAACAAGUUUGUGGAAGCGUUUCUCGCCUUCACCACUCACGCGAGCCAGUUCUUAAGGUCAUCCACCCAGCUUACGUGGGGCAUGUUGUUCAGACACGAGCUUCUCUCCAAGCAUCCUGUUAUUGUGGAGGUGACCAGCAAAUACAUGAGAGCCACCAUGACCAACUUCGUGAAGACCGGCUUCCCCUCCAGAAAUGACAGUCUCAGUUGUCAGUAUUCCCGCGUGGACUUUGACAGCGACGAGGAUUUCAACGCCUUCUUCAACUCUUUCCGGGCUCAGCAGGGCGAGGUCGUCCGCAUAGCCUGCAGGAUCAUCCCCCUAGAGGCCUUCCAGAUCGCGGGCGAGUGGCUGCAGUACCAGAUCAAGACGCCCAUCGAAGUCGGCCCAAAUAUCUCAAAGACGGCCGAGGGCCUCUGCUCCAUCCUGUCCCCGUCCGUGGUGCAGUGGGACGCCAUGACCUUCUUCAUGGAGAGCAUCGUGGGACAGCUCUUCAAGAAUGUGGAGACUGAGAAACUCCCCGUAGACCAGGGGUUUGAGCUCUUGCAGGCAGUUCUGAACUACGAGACCCGGGACCCUCUGAUCCUGUCCUGUGUACUGACCAACGUGUCGUCCCUCUUCCCCUUCGCCACAUACAAGCCACACCUAGUUCCCCAGGUGCUGGCCAAGCUCUUCACCUCCAUCACGUUUGAAGUGGUUGAAGAAAGCAAGGCGCCGAGGACCCGCGCCGUGAAGAACGUGCGGAGACACGCCUGCUCCUCCAUCAUCAAGAUGUGCCGAGACUACCCACAAUUCAUCCUGCCGUGCUUCGACAUGCUCUACACCCACGUCAAGAAGCUCUUCUCCAACGAGCUGCUGCUCACCCAGAUGGAGAAAUGUGCACUGAUGGAGGCACUGGUGCUCAUCAGCAACCAGUUCAAGGACUACGCUAAGCAGAAGGCCUUCCUGGAGGAGCUCAUGGCCCCUGUAGUCCUCCGCUGGCAGUCGGAGGAGAUGCACCAAAUAUUGAUGGACCCUAUGUCGUUCCUGUCCUUUGUGGGAGCCGAUCAGGUUUUGAAAGACCCCAACGUUGAAGACCAGACGGGAAUCAACAGGUCCAGGAUCAGCUUUUGUGUAUACACCAUUUUGGGUGUGGUGAAGCGUGCCCGCUGGCCCGCCGAUGUGGAGGAGGCCAAGGCCGGCGGAUUUGUGGCCGGGUACACCCCGGGCGGCGGCCCCAUCUACCGCAACCCCUGCACGCCGCAAGUGCAGGCGCUGCUGCCCAACCUGCUGGCGAUUAUCAGGACCCACAACAGCCUGUUCCUGUCAGAGAACGUGGCCCGGCUGAGCGAGACCUUUGCCAGGUCAUACGACGUCAUGGAUGUAGAGAAGAAUGUGGUGCUGGGGCUUCCACAGCCAGUGCUGGAUAACUAUGACUCCCCUGUGUAUAAGACGUCUCUGGAGCGCAUGCAGGGUUUUUUCUGCACGCUCUACGAUAACUGCUUCCAUAUUCUGGGCAAUGCUGGCCCUUCCCUGCAUCAGGACUUCUACUCCAUCGAGGGUCUGGCGCAGCAGCUCACUAGCGCCGCCCUAGUGCACCUGGACCACGUGCCCGAUCAUCGCUUGCGGUCCAUGCUCCGGGUCUUCGUGAAGCAGUUGGUGAUCUCUUGCCCCCAGGAGUAUUAUGACAGCCUGCUCUGCCCCCUGCUGGCUCCCCUAUUUGCCUACCUGCUGCAGAGGUUGAAUCAGAGCUGGCAGGUGAUUAACCAGAGGAGCAGUCUGUGUGACUCUGAAGAAGAGGAGGCGUGCCAUGUGGAGAAUCAGGUGACGCAGGAGAUGCUGGAGGAGCAGCUUGUCCGCCUGGUCACCCGGGAGGUUCUCGACUUGCUCACUGUGGCCUGCAUAUUAAAGAAGGUUCCAGAAGCUUCCAGCACUAAGGAGGAAGCAGACGAAGAGGAGAUGAUGGUGGAGUCCUCUCAGGCUACCGCGGCACCGCCAAGCUACGCCACGGACGAGCUGACGGAGCUCGGGAAGUGCCUGAUAAGGCAUGAGGACAUCUACAUGACCCUGCUCACCAUCUCCUUCAACUGCCUCUCCUGGAGGGACACGGGCAACUGCCACCGCACAGCCUCCCUGGUGUGCUGGACACUGCUGAGGCAGGUGGUCGGGGCCAGCCUGCUCCCCGAGGCCGUGACGUGGUUCUACGCUAGUGUGCUGAAGGGUCUACAGAUGCACGGGCAGCACGAGGGGUGUGGUGCCGCGCUCACCCAGCUGGCCUUCCUCAUCUACGAGGCCCUGAGAUCGCGUUACCCCGAGUUGAAGACGGUCAUGACUCGCAUCCCCAACAUUCAACUGGAAGCACUGGACCAGUUUGACCAGAAACUCCAGGCGGGACCGCCACAGAAAGCAGGAGAGAGGAAGAGGAAGGAGCAAUUCAAGAAGCUCAUCGCUGGAACCGUCGGCAAACCCCUCGGGGAGCAGUUCAGGAAAGAGGUCCACAUCAGGAACCUGCCCUCACUCUAUAAGAAGGUGAAGCCGGAGGUGACCAGGGAUCUUCUGGACAGCGAGAGCAACACACUGACAUUGCUCUUCUCCACCGAGCAGAAUGAUGUUUAGGGAAGAGCAACGAGACACAGAUGGGGGGAGAGGCGGCCAAGCAUGGCGUGAAGUACCAGGUUCAUGGCAAAGGCUGUAUCGGAGGUCAGGAUUUGUUUUUUUUUUUUUUUUUUGUGACAGUAGGAUACAGUGACCCGCUGCUGUUUGAGAGCCGCUCGGCCACCAGGCAAAAAAACAAUCUGAGCUGUUACAGAUUUCAAUGGAUGGCCUGGACAGAAUGAAUGGGGAGGAAGGUGACUGAUCAGGAGGUGGGGAGAGAGCGGGAACGGUGUGAGAUAAGCUACACGCACUGACUAGGCCUGCAGGCGGUCAGCUGACGUUUUGUUUUGUGGGGCCUGGAUCUUUUCUUAAGCAGCUCUAUGACUGAGGCUGAAAGCGGUGGCUGUACAUUCCAUAUGUCUGUUUAUUCACCAUUUCUCCUUGCCUUUUGUUUUUGCCUUUUUAUAAAUGGUUAUUAUCAACACUAAACAAAAAGAAACUGUACACAAAACGAGCUUUGCAAUGUACGUGCUGUUUAUAUUUUGAAAUUUUAAUAAAUGUAGUUGUUAAGCUCUUGUUAA